UUGCGUCUGAGAGAGGCUCUAGUGGUUCCUUGUCCUGAUCUGUGACCCACUUUCGGGAGCUGUGAGGAGAGCGGGGCGAUUCGGGAUCCACGCCAUGGAUGCAGUGACCUAUGAGGAUGUGCAUGUGAACUUCUCUCAAGAAGAGUGGGCAUUGCUGGAUCCUUCUCAGAAGAGUCUCUACAAGGAUGUGAUGCUCGAGACCUACUGGAACCUCACUGCUAUAGGCUACAAAUGGGAAGACCACAAUAUUGAAGAAUAUUGUCAAAGUUCUAGAGGACAUGGAAGGCAUGAAACAGCUUUGGCCACCAAGCCAGGCAUCAAACUAGGAUGAACAAAGAACUGCCAUCUGCUCUGCCCCUGACUGAUAUAGGAACACCACAAACCAGAUGUAUCAGCUGUCCCUCUGGAUAUGGAAAGAAGCAGUGUACUGGUCUCUUUCCUAGACCAAUUAGAAGAUAUAUAGUCAUCCCUUUUGUGAAAAGAGGAGGUGAAUGG